UAAGAGAAAGCUGGGCGUGGUAUCCCAUGACAACAGGGUGCCCCGUCUCAUAAUGGAGAGGUUGAGAAAUAGACUGAUGUCCUAUAGGGCGCCGGGCACUCAGGGAGCCGUGCCGCUGAGGAAGAGGAAAUCCAGGCUUUAUAGCAAAAGCGAGACGAAUGUAGAUACGGGAGGAGGUGUCCUUGGAGAAAGCACUGCUUUGGUCUUCUUAACCAUCGCUUUUAGGAUCAUCAACUGCUUCUUGGUUCAGACAAGCUUUGUUCCUGAUGAAUACUGGCAGUCUCUUGAAGUUGCGCACAAUAUGACCUUUAAUUAUGGCUAUUUGACUUGGGAGUGGACUGAAGGUUUGAGAGGCUUUUCAUACCCGCUGGUGUUUGCAAGCAUCUAUAAAGUCUUAUACUGGAUCGGGAAGGAUGAUGUCUGGUUCUUGAUCUGGAUUCCUCGAUUGGCACAGGCUGUGUUUUCAAGUCUUGCAGAUGUAAGACUUUACACCUUAGUAAGGAAAUUGGAAAAUGCAGACAUCACAAAGUGGGUGUUUUUUUGCCAGCUGUGCUCCUGGUUCACAUGGUUCUGUGCCACUCGGACUUUGACAAACACCAUGGAAGCAGUACUUGGAAUAUUCGCUCUUUACUAUUAUCCUCUGGAAGGUUCACAAACAAAGAAUAGCGCCAAAUAUUCGAUAUUCAUAGCCCUGGCCUUCCUUAUUCGACCAACAGCAAUCAUUCUUUGGAUUCCUUUACUCUUUUUCCAUUUUCUCAAGGAGCAGAUGAAAUUGGACUUGAUUGUUCAGCAGUAUCUGCCUAUCGGUUUAUUCUCGUUGGGAAUGUCAUUAGUAAUCGACAGAAUAUUUUUUGGUAAGUGGACUUUUGUUCAGUGGAACUUUGUGAAGUUCAAUGUUCUACAGAAUAUGGGAGCAUUCUAUGGUUCUCAUCCUUGGCACUGGUACAUCACCCAGGGGUUUCCUGUCAUCCUCGGCACCCACAUGCCAUUUUUUAUUCAUGGUUGUAUUUCAUCACCUAGAAGAUAUCGGAUCCUCAUUGUAGCUGUGGUUUGGACUAUACUAGUUUAUAGCACCCUGAGCCAUAAAGAAUUUCGCUUCAUCUAUCCAGUGCUGCCUCUUUGCAUGCUGUUUUGUGGGUUUUCUAUUUCCCAAUUGAAACGCUGGAAGAAACCUGCUGCAGGCUUCUUGAUUAUAUCAAACCUGCUUCCUGCACUGUAUACUGGGUUAAUUCACCAGCGGGGGGCCCUGGAUAUUAUGACCCACAUUCAGCAGCUAUGCAAAACAGACAACACCUCUACGUCUCUCCUUGUCCUGAUGCCAUGUCACUCCCUCCCUUAUUACAGCCAUGUGCACUGUCCUAUAAAAAUGAAUUUCCUUGAGUGUCCUCCUGAUCUUACGGAUCAUGAUACGUACAUCGAUGAGGCGGAUCUGUUUUACACAAGCCCUCGGGCCUGGCUGAAUGCAGAAUUCUACAAUACAACACACCUUCCAACGCAUUUGGUCAUGUUUAGUGUUCUGGAACAGGAAAUACUUCCAUUUUUAACUACAAACCAUUACGUGAAGACGGCAUCUGUAUUUCAUACACAUUUACCAGAAGGACGAGUUGGCAGCCACAUCUAUUUGUAUGAAAGGACAUUUUCAUAAUGACAGGUUGUUUUCAUGACAAGACUUGGUGAAGAAUAUGCAUAUGUAAAAUAAAUGUACAUAGAUUAUAAAACCUAGAUUUAAAAAAAGUACAAGAUGGUUUUCAAUAAAAUUUUAUUUCUC